AUGUUUGAGGCUGGACUUGUGUACGCCGUCAGGUCAAAGGAGACGAUAGAGUUGAUGAAAUGGUAUUGUUGUGUAAAGAGCGUACUUUGCGCAUUAGAAGAACAUUGUAUGGGAACUACGAUAGUUCCUAACAUUUGCGAGUUCAAUAGAAGUGAUUUAUACUCAUCAUUUGCUCAUUGCCACAGGUAUGAUCAAUCAGUCAUAAAUGUUCUAUUAGCCGACGCUUACUACUACGAUCGACACUACUAUUCGAGUGAAAUCGCUGAUUUCUUUCGAAUACAGCGUUUUAUAUCUCGACCGGUGAAAAACCGUGAACUCAAGUGUACAUAA